AUGAAGGAGAGCGAUGGGCAUGGGCAGACGAGGCGGACGGCGGGACAUUCGAACGAACCUGCGCUACAGGUCAUCUCCUUGGGCUCUGGCGGUGGGCCAAGCGAAGACAAUGUCACGGGCUUCCUCGUCCGCUCGACAGCCGCGAAGUGGGCAAAGAACUCAGUCUUAGCUGUGGAUGCAGGGUCCCAUCUUGCAGCCAUAACCCGCAUACUAGCCAAUGACUUUCCACUAGCAUCAGAACCUGCAUCAAGGCCGCCACCUAAACCACGGAACGGGCAUGGAAAUGCUCGAGAGCAGGACUCUCCUUCGCCACGAACAGCACCUUUAUCGGUCACUGACGAAGAGUCUGAGGUCGAUACGCCAAGUUCAGAUAUCGAUCCAUUGCCCGCGUAUACAACGUUGGAUAAAGGUCCAUUUGCUGGAAUUCCAUUCCCGAACGAAACUGCAAGAGCAAAUGCGCUUCAUGUGGUACGGGAACACGUCUCAACCUACCUUAUCACACAUCCCCACUUAGAUCAUGUAUCCGGCUUUAUCAUAAACACAGCAGCUUUCCACAACACCUCACGUCCGAAAAGAUUGGCGGCGCUACCAUUCACUGUCAACGCGAUCAAAACGCACAUUUUCAACAAUAUAUUAUGGCCGAACCUUACAGACGAAGAUGGCGGCGUAGGCCUAGUCACAUUCCAACGGCUUCAAGAAGGCGGCAACAUUGCCCUUGGGGAAGGAAGUGGCCGGGGCUACAUCGAAGUAUGCGACGGUCUCGGCGUCCGAGGCUUCAAAGUCAGUCAUGGACACUGCAUGCGAGGUCCGGGCCACAUCCACCGCGGCUCAAACGCGAACCAACUGGAGCCCUCUAGCAGUGGUCUUCAUCGAACGUCCACACACCACAUCACGUCACAGCAUCCCGAUUCAGUGCCAGACGGUCGAGAAGUCCGUUCGCUCAGCUUCUCCCACCCUACUCAGAGCGCUCCAGGCACUCCCCUCUUCUCUGGCACCACUGCUGCAGACACUGGCCGCAACAACACUGCUACCGCUUCGCAUCCUGCCGACCAAUGCGUCAUCGACUCAACGGCAUACUUCAUCCGCACUGAAUCCACGCCCAUAACUCCCACGAGAGAAAUCCUUAUGUUCGGCGACGUCGAACCAGACUCCAUAUCUCUCUCCCCGCGCACCGCCCACAUCUGGACCGAAGCCGCACCCAAGAUUGCAGCUGGUAUUUUAACAGGCAUCUUUAUCGAGUGCAGCUACACAAACGCGCAAGGCGACCCGGUACUAUAUGGUCACCUCGCGCCGCGGCACCUCCUUGCCGAGCUGCAGAAUCUCGCUGAGAUGGUCAAGGAAGCGCGAAGGGAGCACGAGAAGGAAAAGGAGGAGGCGAGGAGUGCGCGGAAAAGGAAGCGCGCCAGUAAUGGGCUAAACGUUGAUGGUGGCUCGAGUACACCCGAUGCGCGCAAGUCCUCUCGUACAAGGGCGUAUAAUGCUGAUUCCCGUGGAGGUACCGGUGCGCAUGUCGUCGACGACGAAGUCAUGACAGACUAUGCACAAAGUCCCCGCGUAGCGACAGGCACGCAUACACCUGCGCACCCGUCUGCGCCCGCGGCACUGAAUGUCUCCAGCGUGAGCGCGGAGCAUAGCAGAGCAUUGCUGGCGGCUGGGCUUGAAGCUCCACUUAAGGGGUUGAAGGUUGUGGUCAUGCAUGUUAAAGAUACAAUGAGCGAUGGGCCUUCUGUUGGCGAUCUCAUUCUACAGGAGCUUCGAGAAGGAGAAAAGCUAGCGGCUGAGAAGGGCAAGGGCUUGGGUUGCAGUUUUGAGGUUGCGAAAAGUGGGGAUAGUUAUUGGUUUUAG